AUGGCUGGAAGAGGGGGUCUUUUGAUGCUGGAAAACUUCAUAGGUGGAAAAUUUUUACCUUGUAGCUCAUACCUAGAUUCCUAUGAUCCCUCCACAGGGGACGUGUACUGCCACGUGCCAAACAGUGGGGAAGAAGAGGUCGAAGCCGCGGUGGAGGCUGCCAGAGCAGCUUUUCCGGGCUGGUCCUCCCGGAGCCCCCAGGAGCGCUCACAGGUGCUGCAGCGGCUGGCGGACUUGCUGGAACAGUCCUUGGAGGAACUGGCCCAGGCCGAGUCCAAGGACCAAGGGAAAACCAUAACCCUGGCGAGAACCGUGGACAUUCCCCGGGCGGUGCAGAACUUCCGGUUCUUCGCCUCCUCCACCCUGCACCAGACGUCUGAAUGCACGCAGAUGGACCACUUGGGCUGUCUGCACUACACAGUGCGGGCCCCUGUGGGCAUCGGUGUUCCGCCAGGUGUGGUCAAUGUUGUGUUUGGAACGGGGCCCAGGGUCGGCGAGGCCCUGGUGUCCCACCCAGACGUACCCCUCAUCUCCUUCACUGGGAGCCAGCCCACCGCCGAGCGCAUCACACAGCUGAGUGCCCCCCACUGCAAGAAGCUCUCGCUGGAGCUGGGGGGCAAGAACCCCGCCAUCGUCUUUGAAGAUGCCAACCUGGACGAGUGCAUCCCAACGACUGUCAGGUCCAGCUUUGCCAACCAGGGUGAAAUCUGCCUCUGUACCAGCAGAAUCUUUGUCCAGAAGAGCAUCUAUAGUGAAUUUUUAAAGAGGUUUGUAGAGGCGACCAGAAUGUGGAAAGUUGGUAUUCCAUCUGACCCAUCGGCUGACAUGGGAGCUCUGAUCAGUAAAGCUCAUCUGGAGAAAGUCAGAAGUUACAUCAAGAAAGCUCGCCUGGAAGGGGCCCAAAUUCUGUGUGGUGAGGGAGUGGAUAAAUUGAACCUUCCCCCCAGGAAUCAGGCAGGGUACUUCAUGCUUCCCACGGUGAUAACAGAUGUUAAGGAUGAGUCCUGCUGCAUGAAGGAAGAGAUAUUUGGUCCGGUGACGUGUGUCGUCCCCUUUGAUAGUGAAGAGGAAGUGAUUCAAAGAGCCAACAGCGUUAAAUAUGGACUGGCUGCUACUGUGUGGUCAGGCAACGUGGCGCGUGUCCACCGGGUGGCCAAGAAGUUACAGUCAGGCUUGGUCUGGACCAACUGCUGGCUCAUUAGAGAGCUGAACCUACCUUUCGGGGGGAUGAAGAGUUCUGGGGUGGGCAGAGAAGGAGCCAGAGACUCUUACGAAUUCUUCACUGAAGUCAAAACCAUCACUGUUAAACACUGACCUCAGCCAGCGCAGAAGCUGAUGCCUGGCUGCAGAGACUCAGUCGUCCGGUGUGGUGAAAAGAAACCCCUGCAUACAUUUCAGCCAAGUCUUGACUCAGCAGAAGAUUCUCUCUAUAGCUUAUCCUCUGUACCUAGUAUUUUUACUGACUGGUGAAAAGAUGCUUGCUCUUUUCAGUGAGGAGUCAAAGAAGAGAUCUCUGAAUAGGAAGGCAUACAAAGGAAGCCACACAAACAUUGGGCUCCUCCUAAGUUGUGUUUUCAUUGUAUUUUUUCAUCAUUUUGAUUCAAUUCUUAAAAAUUCACAGAUAAUUAGUUUCUUUUUCUCAUUUGCAAGUAUAUGGUAAAAAAAAAAAUCUACGAAGCCAAAGAGAAACAUAUCACCAUAAUCUCUAACUUUGGGGAGAUUGCAGAAAUGGUCUCUCCAUCCAUCAGCCACUGGCAUAGCUCAUUAGUAAUUGACUGUACCUCAUUAUGCAAGGGUGCUUUGAAUGUUGAUGAUGUAAUUUAUGUGGGAUUUGUCAGAGUAACCAUAUAUGAUAGGCCCUACUAAAUAUAUCUUUAUGAGGACAAAGGAAAAUGAAAUAAUGACUACUUUUGGAAGAAACCCAGAACAAGGAGGGUUUGAUAUUUUCCUACUAUGGAGUCUAAUCAAUUCCAAUUCAAAGUGUAGUAUCUCAGGACACUUAAAAUUUUCAAAUACUGUAUGGCUGAGUCUCUUUGCUGUCUACCUAUAGCUAUCACAGAAUUGUUAACUAUACCCUAGUAUAAAAUGAAAAGUUUAAAAACUUUACUAAUCUUAAAGGAAACAAUAAAUGUUAAACAAUUUUACCAAGCA